AUGGCCAGUAAACAAGUCCCGGUCGCUCAGGCGGUCACGGUGAGCUUGAAGGAAUUGCAAGAUGGGACCGUGUCAUUCGACACUCUCACCGAGGCCUUUGGUCCCUCGUCCCUAGGGAUCAUCAUCGUUAAGGAUCUCCCGGAGCGAUUCAUUCAACUUCGUGCGCAAGCCCUUUCGCAUGCAUCCUAUCUUGCCGCACUUCCGUCGUCGGACCUAGAAUCUCUGGAGAGUCCCGAGUCCAAAUAUCUCGUCGGCUGGUCAUGCGGCAAAGAGACUUUGAAAUCCGGCACCUUUGACACUCUCAAAGGCUCGUAUUAUGUCAAUUGUGCCUUCUACCAGGAUCCAUCCCUGCAAAGUGCCCCAGCAGAUGGGUUUCCUGAUCUGCCACAAUACACAGCGCCAAACAUCUGGCCGCCAGAGCGCAAGCUGCCCAGUUUCCGACCCAGCGUGGAGGCGCUCUGCACUCUCAUCAUCGAUACCGCUGCGCUCGUGGCCCAGGCAUGCGAUCGCUUCGCCGAAGCCAACAUCGAGGGCUACAAGCCCGGCUACCUGACACACGUCGUCAAGACCAGUCUGACCACCAAGGCACGCCUCUUGCACUACUUCCCAGCAACCAAUGGUCCUGCCUCCUCGACGGAAAACAAGGACGAGGACGAGGACGACGACUGGUGUGCCACACACGUCGACCACGGCUGUCUGACCGGUCUCACCUCAGCCAUGUUCCUCGAUGAAGCAGCCACGCUUCCCAUCCCGGACCCAACUCCCACCACGGCGCUCCCCGAGCUGCCUCAGUCUCCGGACCCGGCGGCGGGUCUUUAUAUCCGCUCCCGAACCGGAGAGGUCGUCAAAGUCAACAUCCCCAAGGACUGCCUCGCUUUCCAGACCGGGGAGGCCUUGCAGUUGAUCACCAGAGGAAAGUUCCGUGCCGUGCCGCAUUUCGUCAAGGGUGCGCGUGUGGUGGGUGGGAAACAGCGCAUUGCGCGGAAUACCUUGGCCGUCUUCACCCAGCCCAAUCUGGACGAGGAGGUGCAGGAGGGAUUGACGUUUGCCGAGUUUGCGCGAGGAGUGGUUGCGAAGAAUUAUGAUGAAGAGAGUCGGGCUUGA